ACCUGGAGCGUUACCAAGGAGACGGCGUACAGAGCUGGAGCUGCGAGGAGCUGGAGGCAGCUAGCAGCUAUGCUAACAGCUAUGCUAACAGCUAUGCUAACAGCUGUGCUAACAGGCUAACGAGCUCGUGAGGCUGAAACAUUGAAACGAUCUCUCGUCGUGAACACUCUCUGACCCCUGACCCCUGACCUCUGACCCCUGACCCCGCUCCGUGGUAGCUCCGUGGUAGCUCGCUAGCUAGCACGUCAGCGGCGGGGCUAGCGGGCUGUUAGCGGUUAGCUUAGCAUGCUAGCAUCGUUAUUUACAGCCACAGACCAGCAGCAGCUCAUCACCCGCCGGAUGGAGGCGACCAACGGACCGGGACGCUGCUGACCCGGUCUGAGGCUCCACCGGGGACAUGCAGCGGGAGUAGACAGGAUGGAUGUGUGCAGUAAGAACCCGAACCGCACGGCGCCGGUGGCUGAGGACGGGCCGCACCGGGCCGACGUGCCGCUCUGCUCCCGGACCAACGGGUGGAGCUGGCCUCCUCACCCCUUCCAGCUGCUGGCCUGGCUGCUCUACGUCUACUUCGCCGUCACCGGCUUCGGCGUGUUCGUCCCCCUGCUGCCGGCUCACUGGAUCCCUGCAGGCUACAUCUGUACGGGGGUCCUGUUCGUCUGUCACCUGUUCGUCCACCUGAUGGCCGUGUCCAUCGACCCGGCCGACCACAACGUCAGAACCAAGAGCGAUAAAGGUCCGGUGCCCGAGUUCGACCGCUCCAAACACGACCACGUCAUCGAGAACUGCCACUGCUUCCUCUGCCAGGUGGACGUAGGUCCCAAGUCGAAGCACUGCAGCGCCUGUAACAAGUGUGUCUCUAACUUUGACCAUCACUGUCGCUGGCUCAACAACUGUGUGGGGAGCAGAAACUACAAGUUGUUCCUCCACAGUGUGGUCUCGGCUCUGUUGGGGGUCUCUCUGGUUCUGGUCGUUGCCUCCUACGUCUUCAUUGAGUUUUUUCUGGACCCGUCCAAACUCCGCUCUGACAAACACUUCCUGGUGAGGAAUGAGUCGGCGGUGUGGUUCGUCUUCCUGCCGGUGGUUCCGGUCCGGUCUGCAGCAGCAGUGAUUCCCGGUCUGGCUGCCGUCACCAUCGCUCUGGGUCUGCUGUCCUCGGUGCUGCUCUGCCACCUGCUCUGCUUCCACCUCUACCUGAUGUGGAACCGGCUCAGCACCUUUGAGUACAUUGUGCGUCAGCGUCACCGUCAGAACGGCAGAGACUCGAGGAAACUGGCAUCAGUGAAGGAGCCGGCAGCUCCACCGUCGGUCCACGUCGUCAAGGACGUGAACUACUCGGGGACUCUGGGCUUCACCAACCCUCAGCUGGACGAUGUGGAACCUACCACUGUGUCUGUGACGGGGGGGGCAGAGUUCCUGUCUAACGGAAGAGUGAGGACCGUGUCCAGUCCUGUCAUGGAGGAAGACGCUCCGCCCACAACGUCUACUGAGAUGAGAGCAGCAGAACACACACACCGACGCACACAGAAAAAGAGGAAGAAGGUCCGUAAGGUUCCAGUAGAAGUCACCAGAGGGCGCUGCCCGGGUUCAGCCCCGCCACCCGCAGAGCCCAGCAGUAUGUCCACUGUGUCUCUGGGUCAAAGACUUCCUUUCCCAGCAUUCCCUCUGAGGGCCUCCCUGCCCCCCCUGGCCCCCCCCUCGGGCCCCGUCCAGGCCGCCGCCCCUCCUGCUGAGUACCACUCGGACUCUGCAGAGUCUCUGGAGGAGAUCCCAGUGGCGUUGGCCAAACUGGGCUCCUCGUCGUCCACUGCUGCCGGAGACGCCUCCUCGUCUUCACACAGAGUCGUCCCAGCGUUCCCUCCCCUCCCCCAGCCCAGGACUAAGAGGAAGCCCGCCUCCUCCCGCGCAAAUAGGAGCGCGGCGGAGCUGAGGUUUGAGAUGGCCUCCACGCAGCCGCCCAUGGUGUUCGUCAGCCGGGCCAGCGGAGAGAACGCUGAGCCCUGGGAGGGAGGCCUCAGUCUGGGCAGGAGGCCGACCAGCUCCAGGCCCGGGGCCAGGCCGGGAUCCAGACCCGGGUCCAGGUCCGGGUCCAGACCGGCGUCUCGGGCGUCUCUGGGCUCAGGUGCAGCAUCCUGGAUGGAGCUGUGACCUGGAACAAUCUAAUCCCACUCUUUUAUCUUUGUAGCCACGCACAACAAUCUUUAUUUAAAUCUAAAGACUUUGUUUUGUAUCUCUGACUAUUUAUUGAUUUUGACGAUGACUUUUUAAUUCUGAAUGCCAAAGGUGAGAUCAUGUUUGUGCACAAUCUUUUUAAAUGAAGUGACUGAACCUGUAAACCUUAACUUUGUACGUCACUGAGAAGCUGUUCAGUGUUUGUUGUCAUGGUAAUUCCCCCCCCAACCUCAUGAGACGCCGCCGCUCCCAGUUGUUUUUACUGUUUCCCAGUUAACCACCCGUCUCCAUGGUAACCCAGGGCCUGAGGGACGGAGUGGUUUAUAAAGUGCUGAAGUCAUGACAUCCCUUCCUGUCCAGCUCUGAUGCAGCAGCACUAAGAACCCCAAACACGCUGCUAAAGUACAGUCAUGCUAAUGCUACCGCUAACGCUAAAGUGUGCAUAUGAGAAACUUCUGACAUGAUUGCUGAAGAACCAAUACUGACUAAAACUAAUCAUCAGUCUAUAAAGUUUAUACUGAAACACAUAAAUGAAGAGAAACAUUGCACUAAAUUAUUUAAAGUCAUGAUUAUAAAAUAUUAUCUCUCAGUUUAUCUGUUUAUUACAUUUAUAUUCAUGUUAAAAAGCUCUUUUACACAAAACUUUUUCACAGCAAUCUUUGCGUCACUUUUGCUUGAUAAUUUCACUUUUCAGCCAGUCACGUGCCAUGAGCCACUCUAGUGAGGUCGUUGUUGUUCACCCCCCGCCCCCCACGAUGCCACCCUGCAGGAUUUAGUCACGUUAAAGGAACAGUUCAACAUUUAGAAACAGCCUGAACAUGCCUGAAGGGUACAUUUGAAGCUACAGCCAGCAGCUGGUUAGCUUAGCUUAGCAUAAAGACUGACAGCCUGGCUAAAAACAUAGUCGGCCACAUUAACCCCGCAAAACAUGUUUUAUCCAGAUUACAGAUUUUACAUGUCGAUCAGCUUUAGAGGAUGUGGAUGGUGCUACAGAGCCGAGCUAGCUGUUUCCCCCUGUUUUCAGUCUUUAUGCUAAGCUAAGCUAACCAGCUGCUGCAACAACAUGAGAGUGGAAUCAAUCUGAGUUUGGCAGUUUUGUGUUCACAUACAGGAUGUUUGUUAUCUUUCACACUUGUCAUCUGAUUUUACCUGUUUAUCAAUAAAUGACUGAA